AUGAAGCUUGUUGCUGGAUCUAGAAAGUCGGAGCUGGCGAUGCUUCAAACGAACUUUGUGAAGGCUUUACUGCAAAAGGCCAACCCGGAGCUUGAAAUCGACAUCGAAGGAAUCGUCACCAAAGGAGACAAAGUUUUGGACGUGGCUCUUUCCAAAAUCGGAGAAAAAAGUCUUUUUACCAAGGAACUUGAAAUCGCGCUGCAAGAAGGAAAGGUUCAAUUCUUGGUUCAUUCCCUGAAGGAUAUGCCGACUACGCUGCCCGAAGGAAUGGUGUUGUCGACGAUUCUUGAGCGAGAAUCGCCACUGGAUGCGGUGGUGAUAAGGAAGGAUCUUGCUGAUAAAGGAAUAAAAAGUCUCGAUCAACUGGAGAAAACUGCUCUUAUCGGCUCCAGCAGUUUGCGACGCAAGGCGCAACUGAAGCGAAAAUAUCCCGACUUCAAGAUCGAGUCCGUCCGUGGCAACCUCAAUACUCGACUGAAAAAGCUUGAUAAUGUGGAUAAGAGCUACGAGAAAGAAUAUUCGGCGCUGAUUCUGGCGAGAGCUGGACUUGAGCGAAUGGCAAGGCAGAAUGAUGCAUUUGUUGGGCGAUUGUCGGAGACGCUAGAACCGAGUACUUGUCUUUAUGCUGUCGGACAGGGAGCCCUGGCUAUAGAAACAAUGGCUACUGAUGAGAAAACGAUCGAGCUCUUGAGCAGCCUCUCGCACGAAGAAACAACACUUCGAGUUGUGGCCGAGCGAAGUUUUAUGAAAACUCUUAAUGGCGGCUGCUCUGCGCCAGUAGCAACAGAAUCGAAUAUCACGAAAGAUAAUGUGCUGGAACUUACUGGCGGCGUGUUUAGUUUGGAUGGAAGCGAAGCGAUUGUCAAGACAGAAAGUGUGAAUUUGUGCCCGGAAAAGAUGGCAAAAGUAGAAUAUCCAUCAGAUUUCGUUGGAAUCGUACCUUGCAAGAUCGAAAAGUCGAAAAUGUAUUUGGCGAUGAAACUCGGCCGUGAGCUCGCAGAGAAGCUCCAAAAAGAAGGCGCGAUGAAAAUUCUCGAAGAAGCGCGCGAAGCAAACCAAGAUCCGGCACCAAAUAGUUCACCAAAGAAAUCUUGUCCACUUCCUGCCGCCAAAGACUUUGUAAAAUCGUUGACCUCAUAA